GGCUUCUGUUUUCGUUUUUAUCUGUGCACGGUGUUAGCGACCUCGUUGUGUUAUGCGUGACUGCUGUUGACCAAGUUGGCAAAACGCAGGUCACCGGUACGACGACAUCAUCGGCGUGAGGUUGAGGACACUUGCCAAUUUCCUCAGGGACAGCCACCAUGGGUGUCGGUGAUGCUGAAGACAGCAGAGAUGGUGCCAGGAGGGGGAGCCAUGUGUCAAGGCAGCAUGCCAUCGUGUACCAGCCUACAGAUGCUCCGGCAUGCCCGCAGUGUCGCAUGCUGGACGUGCCGUUCUUCGACACCGAUUGCCCUAACUGUCUCAACAUCCUGCACAGCGAGGACACCACUGUGCCCGAGAUCUUUGCCAUCCUUCGCCAGUGGGUGCCGCGCACCCAGAAGGACAUCAAGACGCUCUGUACGGAGGUUUUGAAGCGUGGGGCUCACGUCAAUGAUCGCGACGGCCUGACAGACAUGACGCUUCUGCACUAUGCCUGCAAGUCUGGGGCCACUGGUGUCGGUGACCUGACGAGCUCGACGCAAACUGUGGGCAUCCUUCUGGAUUAUGGUGCAGAUCCUACAUUGCGCUGUCGUUGGACAGACAUGGCCCCGCUUCAUUAUGCCGCAUACUUUGAUGUUCCUCCUGUGAUUGAAUUGCUGCUGAAGGCAUCUAAGAGGUCGGACAUUGACAGCCCCUGCCAGGUGUUUGAUGGUGGCACGCCACUCCACAUAGCAGCGGCUACUCUGUGUCUGGGAGCUGCUCAAACCCUUGUGGACUGUGGUGCCAGUUUGACCAGCCUGGAUAGCUUAGGGAGGAUUCCCUUUGAAUGUGUUCCGGAGAUGAGGAAAGGCGAAGCACUUCCUAGCGAGGUCAGCACGGCAUGUAACAUGCGUGACCUGCUGCGCUGUUCGUUGCCCCCUGGAGUCCACAGCUCUGAUGGCAGCGGGCAGCAACAGGAGGCAGCUCCUUCCCCAUCCACGGGGCGCGUCUUGCUGCAGUCGCUGGGGCUCAAGAUUGGCGACAAAGUCACCGUGGGCGGCUCCAAGGUUGGCACUCUGCGCUAUUGUGGGACCAUCCAUUUUGCCACUGGUAUCUGGGCGGGCGUGGAGUUGUGCAACCCGCUUGGCAAGAAUGAUGGCUCGCUCGGUGGGGUCUCUUACUUCCAGUGCCCAAUGAAUCAUGGGAUAUUCGCUCCAAUAACGAAGAUUCAGAAGUACGACGGCAGCACUCAAGUAGACACAGUGUCAUCGCCUACGAAAUCAAGCCGGCCACCAAAGAGUAUUUCGUACCCGAAGGUGGAUGUGUCUCAUGUUUCCUCAAAAAUUGAGACUGGUCUGUCAACUAUCAGACAAAAGCAGCACCUUUAUGACCGCAAAAACAACAAGCUCUCCAUUGGAGAUUCUGUCGUCGUGGGGCAGAGGAAAGGAUUGGUACGCUUUCUCGGCGAAACUCAGUUUGCUCCAGCACAAUCCGAGCAACCGUCGCCCGAACGCACAGGGUACUGGUGCGGGAUUGAGCUGGCCAAGCCUGAAGGCAAGAACAACGGAUCCGUCAACGGGGUCACUUAUUUCACGUGCCCUCCGAACCAUGGUGUCUUCGCCCAACCCUCGAAGGUCAAAUGGAUACCUCCAGGAACAGAUGAGGAAGCAUCUGACCUGGACUCGUUGGUUGAUCUGAACACAUCCAUCAGCAGAAGCUCCACGGAUGGUGAUUCGGGUGGUAGCCCCGCAUCCCAGAGAUCAACUGCCACUGAUAAGAAACCACCUGCAAAGUCCCAGCAUGCUAAAACGGUGCAGACCGUGCUCAAGAAGGGCUGCUGGCUGACAGUGGGGAUGAAUGUGUUUGUCUGCAAUGAGCUUGGCGUUAUCCGGUACAUCGGUCCAGUGCACUUUGAGGAAGGCACUUGGCUCGGGGUGGAACUACGUGGGCCCACGGGUAGGAACGAUGGCAGCGUCCAAGGGAGGCGCUAUUUCACGUGCAAGCCAAACCACGGCCUCAUCGUCAGGCCCAACAAGGUCACGGUGCGGGGCAUCAAUAGCGCCAAGCUGUUUGAAGAGCAGCCACACUCUUGAGAAUGGCUUUUAGCUUACUUUGUGCAUAUGGUAGGCCCGAUUCUCCAUUUUUAGCAGUAGGGAAUAGGAUGGCUCUUUGGAGCCAGGUACUGCAAUUUUUAACGAUUAACUUCUGGCAAUACCAGAGGACUCCCUUCAAGACGGAGUGUGAGAAGGGGCCUUGAAAAUAUGUUGAAAAGGUCUUGUUGGAAGUGCUUAGCAGAAGUGCACUGAAUAUAUACUGCAAGCUAAGCAACAGCCUUCGGAGCUGUUCUAGAAGCCAGCUUAUUCGAGAAUUCAGCUUAACAGAAUUUGUCUUAAAGGGAGUCUGUAGAACUUUCAUGUAUUACAUUCGGGGCAGUGCUUUACUGCAGCUGCUCUCAGUCGUUGAUUUGAGAUCUCCGCCACCAAUCUAAUGGUAAUACAUUAAUGGUAAGCAUAUCAGCUCUCAAGUUCUUUUUUUUGUUGUUGUUGUUGCAUCUGCCUCCUCUGGUUAAACAAUCUCAUGCACACUUAGAUGCCCCCACGUGAUGCUUGUUUCAUUAUACAGCCCCCAUGCUUCUGCAACUGCACAAUGUGCUUUUAUGUGAUGCAGUAUUGCAGUACACAGUGUUGUAACGUUAAGGACCACAAACUUGCAACUCUACCAGUUCAUAUCGAAUGGCGAACACUUAAGCGGGUUUUGUGAGUGGAUGUUUUGAACAUCAAGCAUCAGUGAUGUAUCCUGAGCUUCAACAAUGUGCUGUCUUGACAUGACCUGGCCCGUCAGGUCAUGUCAAGAGAAAAGGUAGUCAAGGGUACCGUAGCUAAUUAGUGCUAAAGGUAGACACAAAUGCAGUUAACUUAAUCACGUUAAGUCAGCAUAUGAAAAUGAAAAAAGAACAACUGUGUUAAAGAAAACACUUCUACACAAUACACAACACAGUUGAGACAGUUUUCUUGGUAUACAGUCGCUUGAUCCCAAGUUUUAAAAAAAACUCCCCCGCUCCUUCACCAACUAGUAUGAACUUGAAGCUGUUCCCUGAUUUCACUGUUAACUGGUUCACUAUUAACAGUUAAAAGGUGAUAGCCCCUGAACUUGCCAUUACACUUUGGUAACGACCCUCGAGAAUACCUGUGACAGGCAGUUGAUUGAGAAGUGUUUCUACAAUCCAUUCUAUUUGUGUAUACUCCAUUUCAUACUUGGCAGGCAACGCUGCAGGAGCUACGCAGAAAGCAUGGUCAUGCUUUCAAUGCAGUUGUUUUUGAUCCUCAAUGCUUCAAUGUAAUGACUACUUCAUACAUUGCAACUUCACUUUGUGAACAUAAGGCUACAUCAUCAUUUAUUAAUUGUGCACCUUUGUGCCUGCAGUAUGUGAUGUACCGUGUUCUGGCUGCGAGUGCAGGUGCCGUGCUAUGGCUGCUGGUUCCAGAAAUGACUCGCUCCACUUAUUCAGUUGUAAAUAGGUUCAAAUUUGUGACAUCUUCCAUGUAAUAAUUGCAACAUAUUUUGCUAUAUAAGAGUGUGAGACUUCAUUUUACAUCGAAUUACAUGACCCUAUGCUUAUUCAGCUUAUAUGUGAUGCACUAUUUCUUGGUCAUGAAUGCGAGCAAUAAGAAAAGUUUCCCUAGCCUCCUUGGCAUUGCCUGCUAUGUAUGAGAGACCGAGUAUGAUGCAAGGAGUGCCUGGCUAAAAAAUGUUAGCACGAAAAUCGGCUGAGGAUCGAUUGUGAAGCAUAGUGAAUUGGUCAAGGACAGUGCUGCUGGCAGCUUUUCAGGCGGAGUGUUAAGUGCAGGAGCAUUUAAGAACAUGGAGGUUGCCUGCUAACGUUAAGUAUUCACUGUGGUGUUAUAUGCCAAGUUGGUCUUGCAAAGUUAAAGCAUUUUUCCUGGUGGUGCAGCGAGCUAUGGCAUUUUUUAGCUGAGUGCAAGGUCAUUGGUAUAGUGUGGACCCCUUAUAACGUAAGUCACCGGAGUCGCGAAUAUCCGCACUAUAAGUGGUACCGCACUAUAAGUGGUACCGCACUAUAACCAAAGCAACAAUUUUCAAGGCCCGCACAUAUGCAAAACAUGUGCACUGAGCCGCCACAGCGUAUGCGACAGUCGAGAAAUGCGGCUAGAACGUUUUCAUUCAAUUUACAGUCCAAUCUCAUUAAUUCGAACCAAAUCACGCGGCGGCGCCUCCGACCGGUAUUGCUCCAGCACCGCCAUAGAGUAAAAGCUUAGGAGAGACCCCUCAAUGUUGCGCGCGAACAAAAAAAAAAAAAGAAAAAAAAAUGCGGCGAAAAUUUCACCCUCUCUCACAUGGCAAGGUCGCUGAUUCUGUGUUGCGCCGGAUCAUGCAUGUACGCGCCGACGUCUCAGCCACGCUACCGUAGCCACGCGUAGAAAAUGUCAGUGAACCCUUCUUUCUCCUAUAUGCUUCCUCUACUUUCUAGUCACGUGUUGACCUUGCACGGUGCGGCUACGGCGCAGAGGGAAGCAGCAGCGCUGUCCCAGGCUGGCCAACGAAACUGGCCACGCCGGCAAACGCCUGCUUCCCGAUAACGGCAGAAAACAAAACUUCGGGGAGCUGGCGCCGGGCCAGCUGGAGCGGCGGCGACUGCAUGGCGGUGGGCGCGCACGGUGACAGUCGAAAGUGAGGGAGCUAGAGGGAGGGCGAGGGGAGCCGCCGAAGCGACGGAGUUGCCGAGGCGAAAUCCGCUUCCCUGCCGCCCUCCUCCCUCACAUUCCACGGUCUCCGCGUGCGCCCUUCGCCGCGCUGUGCCGGCGCCGCCCGCUCCCUGAAGUUUCGUUUACUACCGUUAUCGUGAAGCGAGCGUUGGCCGGCGUUGGCAGUUUCGUGGCCCUCGCUUGCUAUGCGCGCCGUGAUAUUUCAGGACUCGCACUCAAGAUUCUGGUUUCAGCCUCACUGGCUGUUCGUUCGUACCAUGUGCCC